AAUAUAUCUAAAAAUAUUUAGUUAUAAAAUAAAAAAGUAUUAAAUAAAGAAAUAAUAGUGAAAUAAAAAAUGUUGAGCAGUAAUGCUAUUCUUACAGAUUGGGAUGGUCAAAUAAACGUUCUCGAACGUCAAGAUCUCCCUUUGUUAUACAGAGGUACUGCUGGGGAAAACCAAGAGGAUUCUCUCAAUAAUUCGCAAACAAAUUCAAAGGAGUUAAGAAAUAUUUCUCGAGAUAAUAGUAUUGAAAAACGACGAAACGUACACAAAACUAUUUCUCUCGGCAAUCAUAAUAUUGUAGAUGAUAGAGAUGCUAGCAUUUACGGAGCCUUUUCCGAAUCACUAACAAGAAGACAUGAAUGUCAUGAUAAUAUAAGUAGAGCUUCUUCUUCACGAUUUGGAUCAAUUUAUCAACAAGUAGCUGCUGGUUCUUCAAUGUUAGCCGAUAGUAUUACAGAAAUUAUGUCUGACGACUAUCAAAAUGAUCAUGAGCCAACAUCAGCAAUUCUCGACUAUUGCAAAAGAAAGGUCUUGCGCCCAUACGUUGCCAUCCUUUCCUUGGUGGGAUUAAAUCCAAUAUCAACAGAUACCACCAGAUGUAAAGCUUACCUAAGCUAUCUGCAAUGCACAAUUCUAAUCAUUAUUUUACUUUUUGGUUAUUUUUUGCAGUAUUUGACAGCAUAUCGAGGCGAUCGUGGAUUUUCAACAAAUACCAAAAAUGUGGAAUCAAUUGAUGACUCAAAGGACGAUUCCGCCUAUACUAUUGGUGAGCUUCUUUUUGGUUUUAUAAUACCCUGUUCAUUGGAUCUUGCUGGAUACAUUUCAGCAGUUAUAAUAUGCAAAUUCAUCGAUCACGAACAAUUGCAAAAUCUUAUUGAACGUACAUUUCUUAUGUCAAUGCAACCGAAAAAACUAUUAAGAACCUUCUGGUUACAUAUAGUUGGUGCAUUUGUUCUGUGUUCCUUCUUAUAUGCGUAUUUUGUACCCGUAGUUAUUUUACAGUCACCUAUUAUUCCGUUCAAAAGGUUUGGCGGUUUGGAAACUAUAUGGCAAUUAUUUGUUAAGGUAGCUCUCUUGAUAACAUUGUCGGUGCAAAAUUUUAUUGAGAUAAUCAUUUUAAGCAGUUAUUGUAUCGAAUGUUAUUUAUUAAAAGUUCAUUUAUUGACAUUGUCUCAGAAGCUUUUAUUGCACUCUAUAGAAUCAGCUGACUGGAUGCGGGUAAGGUCAACUAUAAAAAUAAACUAACCGUUAUAUGUAUACGUAGGCUAU